AUAGGACGGAUACUUGAUUAGCAAAUAAUUAACAAGUUCUCGGUCAUUUCUCCCAUGAAGAGAUCCGUAUAUACGUUAGUAAUUCGUCCGUGCAUUUAUGUUUGAACGAUAUGACUAUUGGUGUUGGAUUUUGAGCUCUUUGCUUCACAUACUAACCGAAUAUUAUUACUUCCAGCUAACACGAAAUAAAGUUUAAAAAAUUGACACCCGAAACCAAAAAAUGGAACAGAUCACGAUAAACGAUGACAUACAGUUCAUGAUAAAACAACUAUCUGCAAAGUUCAGUCAAGGAAACUCUGAAAUGAAGGUUACCGAAAACAUUUUCGAAUACCAAGGCUACCGUACAAUCCCUCCAUUUAGCAAAGAGGCAACGGAGUAUGUUCAUAAAGAAUGGGAAACGCCUGAAAAUUCAGUUAUUGUGUCAAGUUUUCCAAAAACAGGGACUGUUUGGUGUACCGAAGUCGUACGACAGAUCGUGUACAGCAAGAAUGCAAACCUUUAUGACCUGGUGAAGUCACUCCCCAUGCCAUUCUUCGUACUAGAAAUGGGCAACAGGCAAAAAUUUGAGGUGCUAAAGAAACUACCAAUUCCAAGGCAAGUAUACACAACUCAUCUUGCUGAAGGGAUAUUCAAUCAUGAAAGAGUCAAAAAAUCAAAUAGCAAGGUGAUUUAUGUGAUGCGAAACCCAAAAGAUCAAGCUGUUUCUUGGUUUCAUUUUGCAAAGAAAAUUCCGAUCCCUGAUUCGUUGAAAAAGGAAAUGGGAGAAGAUUGGAAUGAAUUUUUUAGUAAAUACGUCAAUGGCGAACAUUUAAAUUGUACUAAAGAAGGACGAUUCUAUCCGGAUAAUCUUCGGGAAUGGAUGAAACAUAAAGAUGAUGAUAACUUUCUUGUGGUAGUCUAUGAAGAUAUGAAAAGGGACUUUGCUGGCCAAAUUCGGAGAAUUGCAAAGUUUUUGGAAGUUGAGCUAGAUGAUAUUGACGUUGAGAGAAUUUCUGAUGCUUGUUCAAUUGGAUCGAUGAAGAAACGGGCAGAAACAGAAGAAACUGGAAUUUUAAAGAUGAACGUGCGAAAAGGAACUGUAGGUGGAUGGAAAGAUCAGUUUACUGUUGCACAGUCUGAAAUUAUGGACAAAAUUAUAGAAGAAAGACUAGCUGGCACUGGAAUAAAAUUUGAUUAUACACUGUAAUCUGCAUUUUUGUCGUAUUAAUAUGCUUUCGAUUAUACCUUUUAAUUUAGUUUCAAAAUAUUCAAUAUGUGAUUAUACUUACUUAGAAAUCUGUUUCAUGUCAUACUUUGCAACUUACAAUCUUUUUUCUGUCUGUAAAUAUAUUAUGAAAUAAUAUUUUGAACAUAUUU